GCAUUUAAAAUGUGAGUGUGUUAAAUGGCGAAAUAAUGGCGAGUUCUUAGACCAUGACAUCUGGCGAAUGGGACUUACGUGCGCUCAAGGCGCUGGAGGAGGAAGAACAAAAGGAGUUUUUAGCGCUGCGAAAUAGCCAAAAAAAUCUAUUUGAAGCAGCUGCUGCAGCUACAACAGCAACAAGUGCAGCGUCCAAAAAUGUCGACAAUGGUAGGCCAGCGUUUGCCUAUGCUCAACUGCAUCCGCAUCUGCUCAAGCUGCCAACCAUCGAUGAGUGUCGUCGGCAGGCGAAGGCCGCCAGUAGCAGCAGCGCUGCAUGCAGUCCACGUUUGCAAUUAUCACGUGCUUUAUCGCUUUCGGCGCACUCAUUAGCGCCACGUGCUAGCGAAGAUAACACACUGGUGGCAGGAUUUGGUCGCAAACUUAAGGCACGCUUUGGCGGCGCCAGCGCCAAGUCGAGUGGUUCAUUGUCACCAGGCCGCAAUAGCUUCAGAACGCUGCAGCAGCCGGAGCGCAAGAAGCGUCAAGGCAAUGCACAUAGCUUGACGCCACCGCAACUACAGCGCAUUUUGGGCACCAAUAAGACCUUUUGGAAAUAUGGCGCCAACUCUACGGCAGCAUCUAUAGUGGGUCAACGUGCGCGCCUGCAACAGCAACAACAGCGCGGUGAAGUGGAGUGCAAGAUGGAUGAACUGCAUGCGGAGGCGCAGUCGGAUGCAUUUGAUAGUGGCACUGAGACAGGCUCGUGUAGUGUGCCCUUGCCGGCGGCAGACUCCAAUGAGCUGUUGCGCUUGAGCCUCAUGCUAAAUUCUGCCAGCUCCGCUAUCACACUGAAUGCAGGAGCAACAGCCACAGCGGCAACUGGUGGGCCUGGGCCGGGCCGACGCUAUGAACUGCCGAGCGAUGUUGAGGACGAGGAGUUCAAUGGCGAAGCUGUUGCUUACGAAGCGUUUCAGUGGCCCCACAGCUUUGAGCACACUCUCUUCAAAGGCGGCGGCAACAUAACUUUAACAGCGCAAGAGCGCAACAGUCGCGUUCUCUUUAAAUCCAACUCUUUGGAUGCCGCUGCUGGUGUGGGUGGCGCUGUGAGCAGUGAGCAUCCACAGCAACAGAUUAUUGGUCAGCCGCUUGCAAUGACCAUGACAGCGGCCACAAAUCAGCUGGGCGAGCAUCAAACAAACGAGGCUCGUUACCAGCCACGCCAUCGGCCUGUAGCUGACUGCAAUUGGGAAGCAGCAGCAGCAGCAGGAGCAGGAGUGGGAGUCGUAGGAGGCGGGGAACGUGCACAAGUCAAAUAUCAUCAGGAUUUGAGCGCUGCCUGUUAUGGCCACAAUGCAAUGUUAUGUGGCGCCCUAAUUGACGACGAACUGGAGCAACAUAUCAAGCAUUGUUCGUGCUCCUGCAAUCACAUGGGCUACGGCAAUUCAAUGGACUAUCAGACAACGGGCUUUGGCGGCCUGCCAGAUGUCACCGAACACUCGAACAUACGGCAAACGCUUUCCUGCCAGAACUCGAUCUCCAACAGCGACUCGGGCGGCGAGAUAGCGAGCAUACAAAAGUCCAAAGUCUUUGGCAGUGGCAUGGCGGGCGGCGUUGUAGUUGGCAGCGAUAUUGCUGGCAUUGCACUCGAUACCAAAUCACCCACAACGCCCGCUCCAGGAGCUGCGGCCGCCGCGGGCGUAGCUGCCAGCAAGGCAAAGGCAAGAAACGGCAAUGGCGCCGCACACAAGACGCGUCGCGGUUCCUGGCUUAUAGCGCUGACGCUGGUAAGCGCCAUCUGUCUGCUGGCGAUUGCAGCCACGCUGGCUUAUCAACAGUUUUUCAUGUCGCCCAGCCGCAAUUCGCACGCGCAACGUUUGCGCAUUGUGCGGCGUAUUCUGCGUGAGGUGCCGCUGGUCGAUGGACACAAUAAUUUUGCAUGGAAUGUGCGCAAAUAUGCACACAGCAGUCUAGAGCUGGUGCAUCUAAGUCACGAUCUGGAUCACAAGUCCAUUUGGGCGCGUCCAGGCUGGGCGCAAACGGACAUGGAGCGUCUGAAGCAGGGACUAGUUGGCGUGCAAGUUUGGUCAGCCUAUGUGCCCUGUGAGGCUCAGGGUCUGGAUGCAGUGCAGCUGGCCUUGGAACAGAUUGACAUUGUGCGUCGGCUCUCGGACAUGUAUGCCAAAGAGACGGUGCUGGCCACGUCCUCGCAGGACAUACUCGCCACCCAUCGACGUGGGCUGCUCGCCUCGCUUAUUGGCAUUGAGGGAGGUCACACCAUCGGCUCCUCGCUGGGCGUGCUGCGCUCAUUUUAUUCGCUGGGCGCACGCUAUUUGAGUCUGACGCAUCGCUGCGAUGUCUCCUGGGCGGGCUCGAGUGCCACACAGCUGGAGCAGGGAUUGACGCCCUUUGGCAAGGCCAUCGUACGUGAAAUGAAUCGCCUGGGCAUGAUGAUUGAUCUCUCGCACAGCUCCGAUGCCACGGCACGUGAUGUGAUGGAGGUGACACGUGCGCCGGUCAUCUUCUCGCACUCGGCGGCACGCCAGCUGUGCAACUCGUCGCGCAAUGUGCCCGAUGAUAUACUGCGCCUGGUCGCGGAGAAUGGCGGCCUCAUUAUGCUCAGCUUUGAUCCCGAGGAUGUGGCUUGUGGCCGCCAGGCGCGUCUGCAGGAUGUCAUUGAGCAUAUUAAGUAUGUGCGCGCCAUUGCGGGCAUACAGCAUAUUGGGCUGGGUGCGGGCUACGACGGCAUUGAGGCGCCGCCGCAGGGCCUCGAAGAUGUUUCCAAAUACCCCGAGCUGCUGGCUGCUCUGCUGGAAGAUCACAACUGGAGUGAAGAGGAUGUCGCCAUGCUGGCCGGCCGCAACUUCCUACGCAUUAUGGCAGCUGUCGAAACGGUGCGUGAUUAUUGGAAACGUGCGGCCAUACAACCCAUUGAGCAAACCGAGCCCCAACCCAAGACCCAGUGCACCUACAUGUCGUCGUGACCGCAGCGAGCACGACGCGCGGACACUGAGACACGCUCUCAGCAGAAUCAAACUACAACUACAACGACGACGGAACUCUGGCGCCAGCUGCAGCCAGCGAGCGGAGUAAACGAGACGGAAGCGAUUCGCCUGGCAGUGUCAGCUGGAGCGACAGCAACCGCAACAAUGCCAAACACAUUUGCAGCAAGUAAACUUUUGCAGUGAGCUCGUGACUCGCUUCAGCCACGUAAUUGCCAUUUGGCUGCGUCUGUGGGCAGACCGAUGGAAUUGCAUUUGGUUUUAAUAAUCAACGGUUUAAUGGGUAUUAUAGCGUUGUCCUCCCCGCCCCAGAAGUUUUAUAUAUACUUACGCCUCACUUGCUGCAAAUGAAGUCAGCAGCACGUUAAUCAAAAUGCCAAAUACCAUAAUAUAUAGUUUAUUAUACCAUAAGUACGAUUAUAUCGAGUCAUAAGUGCGUCAACAUGGCGUAUACGCAAUGCAUAAAAAUACAUGGAGACAGCCAAGUUCGUAGUCAGUGUAGAGAAAUCUUUUGGUUGCAAUUUUUUUUUAGAUUUUUCGCUAAGUUAAAUAUAUUUAAUCUAAAUUACGGCUGACUACGUUCUUGUCUGCAUACAUCGAAUAUUAAGCUUAGGUUCUAAUAUUAGGCAUAUCAUCAUAUUUUUUUUUCAGCUGGCCUCAUUUUUAUUAUAGUUCAAACUAGAUAAUAAAGUAAACUCAUCCUGGCACCACCGAAAUGAACAGUUAUGAAUUAUUAAAUACCAUAAUUUCUGCCAGGUUAAUGCUCUUUUGUAAAUACAGAAGCAAUCAGCAUUAAUUAUGUAUUGAAAUGCAAUAAUCAUUGCCAAAUAGAGUGCACUUGAAUUAUGAAUAUUUUUAUAAUGAAUU